AUGCUCUACGCAGACGACAUUGUGCUCAUUGAUAAGUGCGCCAACAAACUAAAUGCCAACCUCCAGCUAUGGAGACGAGCGCUUGAGGACAAUGGUCUGCGCAUCAGUCGAUCCAAGACAGAAUACCUAAAAUGCAGCUUCAGUGAACAGCCACUUUCAAGCACAGACAUCGUCAUUGAAGGACAACCGGUGCCUAAAUUAAAUCAGUUUAAGUACCUCGGGUUCAUGCUAACAGCCGAUGCCAACAUAGACGCAGAUGUCACCCACAAAAACAAUGCAGGAUGGUUGAGAUGGAGGACCCUAACCGGGGUGCUUUGUGACGACCAGAUGCCAAUACGGCUAAAAGGGCGCAUCUACAAAACCGCAGUACGCCCUUCAUUAAUGUAUGGCUCCGAGUGCUGGGCGACCAACAAAAAAUAUGAACAAAAGAUGCACACCAAUGAGAUGAAAAUCGAGACUGGACAGAGUUCGAAAUAA